AUGAAAUCUGCACAUAUCCUUCUAUCAGUUUUUGGCACAGUCGCUGCAGCGCAUGAGAAAAGAACAGACGGUGGAACAGGCGGUGGAACGGGCGGUGGAAAGGACACACAUGGCGAUGGCCCUUCUGCCUCUGAGCUCCUCGAUGACAGGCUUGGGCGUCUAUGCCUCUUAGUUGGGGGAUGCAUUCUCGCGUUCUUCCUAAUCUGGCACAAUGCCAUUCGAUUUUCAAACCAUAUACAUCCUUACUGGGCCUGGCUGAAGAAAUCUGUCGUCUAUGCUCCUCUAUUUCGAACACGACAUAACCGAGAAUUCCGUCUUUCUGCUGCCGUCAACGUUGGAACUCUUCCUACCCGAUUCCAAACUUUCCUCCUUUUGGGGAUCAUUGCUAUGAACGCAACCCUCUGCUCUAUCGACAUCCCAUAUUCAUCAGCCGAAACGACUGUUCUUGGUGUCAUCAGAAACCGCUCGGGCACCCUGGCCGUGGUUAAUUUGAUUCCACUCGUUGUCAUGGGGGGAAGAAAUAACCCUUUCAUCAAACUGCUCAACGUGUCUUUCGAUACAUGGAAUCUUCUACACCGUUGGUUUGCGCGGAUCGUGGUUUUGGAGGCUCUGACCCACGUCAUUGCGUGGAUGAUAAACAAAGUCCAUACAAAGGGCUGGGACGCUGUUACAGAAUCUUUCAAAGGCCAAUUCAUCAUGACUGGUCUAAUUGCCAUGGUUGCUUUCCUGCUACUAGCACUGCACUCACCUUCUGCGAUUCGACAUGCUUUCUAUGAGACCUUCCUGCAUCUCCACAUCUUAUUUGUGGCCGCAGCUUUGGGCUUUUUGUGUGUGCACUUAAAGUCAAAAGCUGCGCGGAAAUAUCUCUAUGCAGCCAUCGCCCUCUGGGUAGCCGAACGUUUCACCCGUCUUGCUCUCCUCCUGUACCGGAACAUCGGUAAGAAAACGAGCACAACGGCUGAUGUUGAAGUUCUACCUGGAGAGGCACUCCGCAUCACGUUGAAACUCGUACGGCCAUGGAAAUUCAAGCCCGGGCAGCACCUUUAUCUCUAUGUGCCAUCCGUUGGUUUCUGGAUGUCUCAUCCUUUCACUGCUGCGUGGAGCGAGGCAGUAGAUGAUCUUACCGAUGAGAAGGGCCUUGUCAGAUCUCGCCAGGAUGUUCUCAGUGCACAGAAGACAAGCAUCUCUUUGGUUAUCCGUCGAAGAACUGGAUUCACAAACUCUUUAUUCGAAAAGGCCAGCGCAACUAGGGACGGUCGUAUCUCACUCAAGGCAAUGGUGGAGGGCCCCUAUGGAGUUGACCACUCCCUAGACUCGUACGGGACGGUUAUGUUGUUCGCGGCUGGUGUUGGCAUCACACACCAUGUGUCCUUUGUCCGUUAUCUUGUUGGAGGCUAUGCAGCGGGUACAGUUUCUGCUCGAAGGGUUACCUUAGUGUGGAUCAUCCAAUCACCAGAGCACCUUGAAUGGAUCCGCCCAUGGAUGAACAGCAUCUUGUCUAUGGAAGGGCGCCGCGAUGUUCUUCGAAUCUUGCUUUUCAUCACUCGACCACGCAACACACGCGAGAUUCACAGCCCCAGCUCAACCGUGCAGAUGUUCCCUGGCAAACCGAAUAUUCCAACACUUGUCGAUGCCGAAGUAGAAAACCAAGUAGGGGCUAUGGGUGUACUUGUGUGUGGCACGGGUAGCUUGAGCGAUGAUGUCCGACGAGUAUGCCGCACGAGGCAAUCCGGGAGCCAUAUUGAUUUCUUGGAGGAAAGUUUCUCGUGGUAGCAGCUUUCUCUCCCUCCCUCACCCUUUUUUCUUCUUCUUUGUAACUCCUUGCGCUUUUUUUGUGUACAGCUCGCGCUGAUUCCUUACCUGCACCUUCGCUUGCUCUUGGCCACUUCCCUUAACACUCUUUUCCGAAAGGAAUAAGAGAUCCAGAGAGUCGGCACUUCUCAUGUCUAUAGUUAUACAUACAUACACCCAUUCAUCCAUCCUUACCUCCCUCCUUCUCACACUUCAAACCUACUCUCCACCAGCCCUCUGCGCAAUUUGUGAAAAUUCAAUAACCACCCACAAUCGUUGUAUUUACUCCGUCUUUCAAACGGACGGAAACACACCAACACGGUUAAAACCCGGCCUCAAUGUGUUCAUACGACAAAUAUGUGCACGCGAAAAGCGCUUUUUAUCCUUUGUUAUUUGCUCGCGUGCCUUUAUUCUUCUUGUUUAUGUAUUUCGAGAAGAGGAAGUGGAGAACAGCCCCGCCUCCCCUUCUUCGGUUUAUUAUAUAUGUUUUGUAUUUAUUCUUUUUUUCUCUUUACAAUGUACGUAUUUGAAACGGGAUAAAAUUAUAUAUUUUUGUAUGGUUGUUUGAAAUUUAUAUAUACUUUCACCUGCUC